GUGUGCGUAUGUUCACACAGGCAGAAAGGAAAGAUGGCCGCCUGUGCACUACGUCGAGGGUUGCUUAGCGGUGUCAGCAAAUUCAGCAGAAAACACUCCCACAGAAUACUGAGUGUUCCUGACAUUAACAGCGGCAAUGAGGUGUUCAAGCCUCGGUUACAAUGCCGAGCCUGCGGGCUGCUUGGGGGUGUUCAACAAAAGAUGUUUAUGUCGUCACGGAACAGGCCUGAAGGAAAGGUUUUGGAGCCUGUCGGUGUAUUUGAAGCAGUAAAGCAGCAUGGCAAAUAUGAAACAGGACAGCUGUUUCUCCACAGUGUAUUUGGCUACAGAGGCAUUGUUUUGUUUCCUUGGCACGCCCGCCUCUAUGACCGAGACAUCACCCCUCCUGUGUCUGACAGCAAACCUGAGCCCCCCGGAGCCCACGGAUCUAAGGAGGUGAAGGGGAAGACUCACACCUACUACCAGGUCCUCAUCGACACUAGGGACUGCCCUCACAUAUCUCAGAGGUCUCAGACUGAGGCAGUGACAUUUCUGGCCAACCAUGACGACAGCAGAGCCUUGUACGCCAUCCCAGGUCUGGACUAUGUGAGCCAUGAAGAUAUCCUGCCUUACAACUCAGCAGAGCAGAUCCCAAUCCAGCAUGAACUGUUUGAGCGCUUCCUCAUGUACAACCCCCCGAAAUCUCCUCCAUUUACAUCCAGAGACACCCUGAAGGCCUGGCAGGAGAAGAACCACCCCUGGUUGGAGCUGUCUGACGUCCACAGGGAGACCACAGAGAACAUUCGGGUCACAGUUAUCCCUUUCUACAUGGGAAUGAGGGAGGCCCAGAACUCUCACGUGUACUGGUGGCGUUACUGUAUCCGUCUCGAGAAUUUGGGUAAUGAGGUGGUUCAGCUGAGAGAGAGACACUGGAGGAUCUUCAGCCUGUCGGGAACCCUGGAAACGGUCCGAGGCCGAGGCGUUGUAGGCAGGGAGCCUGUGCUAUCCAAAGAACAGCCAGCCUUCCAAUACAGCAGCCACGUGUCUCUACAAGCCCCCAGUGGUCAUAUGUGGGGGACAUUUCGUAUUGAAAGGACCGAUGGCUCCCACUUUGACGUCCGGAUUCCACCUUUCUCCCUGGAAAGCAACAAAGAUGACAAAGCGCCCCCUGCUGGCUACACAUUCUAACUUUCACCUGCCUGUGUGAGGCCUCUGUUGCCAUGCCAGUCCUGGCUGGGUUGUCUCUGUAGUUGUCCUUCCCCUGUGACCCUGCACCAGCAUUCAGUCAGUUUGGGCAAAGGGAGACUAUAGAAGUGUCUACAUGAUCCACAUACUGGUCCAUCUAGCUGCUUUUCUGUCAGGCCGCACCCAGCAGCAGAGUGGAAUUGAUUACAUGACAGGGUAGAAAUUCACUCUGCUGUUCUGUGUGUUCUUGAGCCAUGUUUUUUAGAGAUCCGGUUUUCUAGUUUGAGAAAGCAGGAUGACUCUGUAUGGUCAUCUGUGUUGAGGUUACAGUUUUUAUUUUACCUGGAACCUUUUCCUCUUAUCAUGCUUUAUAAGCAUCAGACUACCUAGUUAGAGCUGAGGUACGCCUGACUACUCAGAGCCAUGUAAGAGUGUUACUACAUAUAUAAUCUUUCACAGUACCUCCUAGGGACUUCUUCAGUAUUUGUCUGUAUAUGUUCCGUUGUGCAAACUUAUCAGGCCACAGGAUUAGUUUGAUUCGAUUCAAAAUGAAAGAUUUUAAUGUAGCUUUCCCACAGUUUGAACCACCAACAGGGUUCAUGCUACACGGACCCAGUUCUUUCCUUUAAAAAGAUAAGAGUUGGUUUUCUUAAUAUGAUUGGGUACUAAAAAUAUAUUACUGAUCGUUUUGACAUUCAUUAGUUAAUAUUAGAAUGUAAAAAAAAAAAUGUGGCUCCCUGGUUUUAAAAACAGCCAUUAUAUAAAUUAGAAGAUAUGUAUAGCAGUGUUGUUACUGCCAGUGCUUGACAUCUGUAGGCGCUCUCCGCCUGUGAUGUCAGUUGAGUCUAAGCUAAGUGCUCUUUCCCUCUUGUUUGACUAAAACUAAACACCCAGCAUAACAAAUGUUGCAGUACUUUGUGCAGAUUUUAAUGGAACUGCCUCAAACAAUGAAUUUAUUGGGAGGUCCAAUUUUGAUUUGAAAAAAGUCCAGUUGAUAAUUAUUGUUUUGAGAUAAUGAAGAUGUCCACUGUGAUUCGAUGUUAAACCUCAACCUCUAGUUUGUAGUCCACUGUGUGUAUUGACAGCCAAAUAUAUCCCUCCUCCUUCAGGCCAGGCUAUAGUCUUUGAAUAACAGAAGCCACAUAACAAAAAGCAUAAAAGCCAAGCAGUAGGCAGCCAGUGUUUUAUGUGGGCGGGGAAACAGGUUUGCACUUUUGUGUUUAAGGGACAUGUCUACCAUUUGAUGGAUGUCUUUGGCUGUUUGACUUUGAGUGAGAGAUCGAUGAGCCUAACAUUUCCCCCUUAAAGUAAAGACAGAAGCUAACAUUGUUGCUUUAGUGAUUCCAAGCAACUCUGAUGUUUGAAAUACUGUAAAUAGAGAUGUAAUUAAAAGAAAAGGAAAUAAACAUUUUCAAAGAUU